GCAGACGAUUUUUUUCCCUCUCCGGAGAGCUUAAGUUUGCUUGGAAAUCACAUUAAUGGAUCUCCAAACACAGAACCAGCACCACUACAUUUUCAACACUGAUCUAUGCAUGCAAAUCUUGAAGCUUCUCUUGUUGAAGCAAACCCCAAAAGGCUCCAAUAUCGUCUUCUCUCCUGUGUCCAUCAAUACCAUCUUAAGCUUGAUCGCUGCUGGAUCAACAGGGCAGACAUUAGAGCAGUUGCUCUUCUUUCUGAGAUCUAAUACCAUUUCUGAUCUCAAUUCCCUAUCUUCCCAGCUUCUUCAACUCUUCACCACCAAGGAGACCAAUAAUGAUGAAGAAGACUACAUCAGGGACAGGGAAGGUCCCCAUCUGUCCUUUGUCAAUGGUGUUUGGGUUGAUAGACGUCUCUCUCUAAAACCUUCAUUUAGAGACACUGCUAUUGGGAUCUACAGAGCUGAAGCUGCACAAGUAGAUUUUCAGACCAAGGCUGCUGAUGUAACGAAGGAAGUGAACUCAUGGGUGGAGCAUGCAACAAAUGGGCUCAUCAAAGAGAUCCUCCCCAAAGGCUCUCUUGGUAGCAAUACAGCACUCGUCUUGGCAAAUGCACUAUACUUCAAAGGAACCUGGAAUAGAAGAUUUAAUGUGUCUGCAACUCGAGAUCGAGAGUUCCAUCUCCUUAAUGGAGAUGUGGUUAAAGUACCCUUCAUGGCAAGCUACCCAUCUGAGCAAUACCAUUACAGAGUAUGCGAUGGCUUCACAGUCCUCAAACUUCCCUACCUAAGUGGCCAAGACGAUGAAAGGCAAUUCUCCAUGUACUUCUAUCUCCCAUAUGAGAGGGAUGGAUUACCCAAUCUAAUAGAGAAGUUGAAUGACAACCCUAAUUUUUUGAAUCAACCUCUGCAGCUUGGGAAAGGUGAUUUUCAGGAUUUCGGUAUCCCCAGAUUUAAAAUCUCAUAUGGGUUUGAAGCUUCAGACACUCUGAAGGAUUUAGGAUUGGUAUUGCCAUUCGAGGAGGAUGGAGAGCUGAGUGAAAUGGUAGACUCUGAACAAGGUUGCAAAAUCUGUGUCUCUGACAUAUUCCAUCGAUCUCUGAUUGAAGUAAGUGAAGAAGGGACAGAGGCUGCUGCCUCCACUGCUGCUCUAGUCAUGUCGCUUUGUCUUCCACCAAAAUUUGUAGCAGACCAUCCAUUCAUGUUCAUGGUGAGGGAAGAGGUGACUGGAGCUACACUCUUCAUUGGUGCGGUGCUUAAUCCCCUUUUGGAGGCCUGAAUUUGUUGACUAGCUUCAAGUUGGCUAUUUCCAUUUUAUUUUGAAUGAUGAGCUUUAAGAUUGUGGAGAGUGGAUUUCAAUUUUCAAAAAUUAUAAGACAUGAGAUGUUGAAAAUUUUAACUAAUUAUUCUCCCCCUUAUGGCUGAUUUUUUA